AUGGCGGAGCCCAGCCCGGCCUGCCCGGCCCUGGGCAUCGGCAUGGACUCGUGCGUGAUCCCGCUGAGGCACGGGGGCCUGUCCCUGGUGCAGACCACCGACUUCUUCUACCCCUUGGUGGAGGACCCCUACAUGAUGGGGCGCAUCGCCUGCGCCAACGUGCUGAGCGACCUCUAUGCCAUGGGCAUCACCGAGUGCGACAACAUGCUGAUGCUGCUCAGCGUCAGCCAGAGCAUGACCGAGGAGGAGCGAGAGAAGGUCACCCCGCUCCUGGUCAAAGGCUUCCGGGACGCCGCCGAGGAAGGAGGGACCACAGUGACUGGCGGGCAGACCGUGGUAAACCCUUGGAUCAUCGUGGGAGGGGUGGCCACCGUGGUGUGCCAGCCCAAUGAGUUCAUCAUGCCCGACAGUGCCGUGGUUGGGGACGUGCUGGUGUUAACCAAGCCCUUAGGAACCCAAGUGGCCGUCAAUGCCCACCAGUGGCUGGACAACCCUGAGAAGUGGAAUAAGAUAAAGAUGGUGGUCUCCAAAGAAGAGGUAGAGCUGGCCUAUCAGGAAGCCAUGUUCAAUAUGGCUACCCUGAACAGAACUGCUGCUGGGCUCAUGCACACGUUUAAUGCCCACGCCGCCACAGAUAUCACAGGCUUUGGCAUCCUGGGGCACUCUCAGACUCUUGCCAGACAGCAAAGAAAUGAGGUGUCCUUUGUCAUCCAUAACCUGCCAAUCAUUGCCAAGAUGGCCGCCAUCAGCAAGGCCAGUGGGCGCUAUGGGCUCCUUCAAGGAACCUCAGCAGAAACUUCUGGGGGCUUACUGAUCUGUCUGCCAAGGGAACAGGCUGCUCGCUUCUGUUCUGAGAUAAAAUCUUCCAAGUAUGGAGAGGGCCACCAGGCGUGGAUCGUGGGCAUUGUGGAAAAGGGAAACCGCACAGCCCGCAUCAUCGACAAGCCCCGGGUCAUUGAGGUCCUGCCUCGUGGGACCACGGCCACAGCUGUGCCUCCAGACCAUCCCAACGCCUCUUCCGAACCUAGCUCUUGA